AAUUUUUAAUCACAAUUCUUUGAUCCAAAAACAUGAACACUAAAAGAAGCAUAUUGUUUUGGCUAUCUGUCACUGCAAUUGUUCUUCUUUCUAUCUACACCAAAAAUCCAAACAUAAUUACUUCCAUCUCUUUACAAUCCUUUAAAAUCACUUCCAUCAAAAGUGUUUUUGAUCAAAGUGGAUCCAUUCAUGAGUUCAUCUCAUUCAUAAACCAAUUUUUAGUCCGCCUUUAUAGGCUGCUGGUUCCUUGUGAUGAAUCAAAGUGGAAGUCUCCACUCAUAGCAAAAUACGGGGUGGCACUUACUUUAACCGUCGAUCAAAAGGGUUGCGGCAAAUUCACCAGUCUUCAAAAGGCAGUGGAUGCCGUUCCUGCCAAUUCACCAAAACCAACACUUAUCAUAGUUGAUGCAGGCCAAUACAGGGAGAAAGUAAAUGUGCAAAAAACUAAAUCCAAUUUGAUAAUUCAAGGCAAGGGUUUUACCAAUACGUUCAUUAUUUGGCACGACACCGCGGCUAAAUCUAAUGGCACUGUCUACAGCUACUCGGUUGGUGUUUUCGCUCCAAAGUUCAUCGCUCAUGACAUCAGUUUUAAGAACGAAGCUCCUCUUCCAAGUCCAGGCGCAAUUGGAGGACAAGCGGUUGCAUUCAGAAUCAGUGGUGAUCAAGCAGCUUUCUAUAAUUGUGGGUUUUAUGGAUUUCAAGAUACUCUUUUCGAUGAUGCAGGAAGACAUUAUUUUCAAAAUUGUUUCAUUGAAGGGACAAUAGAUUUUAUCUUUGGAAAUGGUAGAUCACUCUAUGAGAAUUGUAUAUUGAACUCCGUGGCAAGCGGCCCGGGGAUCAAUGGAGCGAUAGCAGCCCACCAGCGGGCUUCAUUGCAGGAUAAAACCGGGUUUUCAUUCGUGAAUUGUAAGAUUCAAGGACAAGGUAAAAUAUGGCUUGGUAGGGCUUGGGGUGUAUAUUCAACUACUGUGUACAUAAGAACUUUCAUGCCUGCUAUUGUCGCUCCCGAAGGCUGGAAUGACUGGAAAGACCCCUCUAGAGAUCAGAAAGUAGUAUUUGGAGAACACGCAUGUUCGGGUCCUGGAGCAGAUUUCAAAGGUAGGGUGAAGUUCGCAAAACAGUUAAGCGUAGCGGAUGCAACUCCUUACAUGAAUACAGGUUACAUUGAUGGAAAUACUUGGCUUCAUCCAUAACAUGUCAAUAACAAUUUAGUAGCACAAAUUCAAUUUACGGCAUGUAACAUGCAUAGCACUGAUAAUAUCUUGUCACUGUAUUUUCUUUGAUAAUAUAAUGAAAAAGUGUUGGAUGAUAUUA